AUGGCAGGGCUACCGGAAAACAACGGCGAGCAAGCAACCGCCGACAUUCAGGACUGCCCAUCCUCCACCCGAGCCCGGAUCCAUCUCUGGACCGUCAAAGCAGUGGCGGAGGAAGCCUCUCAGCGCCGUAUCGACAGCUACUGUGAAGAUACCGUGAUCCCAUGGACCGUGCUCAGAGAACUCGUCGUGCUGGGUCCUGGAGAGAAUGGCGACAUCGAACAGGAUGAAGAGUUGGACCUGUCUCCCAAGCCCCGGAGUUGA